CCAUAUGUGUAUCUGUAUGAUCUUUCUCUUGAUAUAUAGUGUAAAGCAAAGACAACACACCACACGACAUAAAGACUAAUCCCAAACAAAAACAUUCUUUCAUCACUCCGAAGACCAAUUUCAACUUAGCUGAUCAAUUUUCUUUUCUUUUCAUUCUUCUCUCUUAUCUCACUAUUUUCUUCUCUAUACCUACAAGAAAGACAUCAUCAACACUCUUGAAUUUUCUUCUUCUUCUUCUUCCUUCUUCCAUGGAUACAGCUCAGUGGCCACAGGAUGUUGGACUUGUGAAACCCAUGGAGAAUCAGAUGGUGUCUAAUGCAUCAAACCCUAAUAUGAAUAGUGGUGGUGCUAAUAAUACUGCUAUGUUAGAGCAACAAAGAAGGGCUAGACCUCACAAAGAACAAGCCAUAAACUGUCCAAGGUGUAAUUCUACAAACACUAAAUUUUGUUACUACAACAAUUACAGUCUCACACAACCUAGGUAUUUCUGCAAGACUUGUAGAAGGUAUUGGACUGAAGGUGGUUCUUUAAGGAAUGUUCCGGUAGGCGGCGGUUCGAGGAAAAACCGAAGAUCUUCAUCUUCUUCUUCUUCCAUUACAUCAUCUGUUUCGGUUACCAAGAAACUACCUGAUCUAACUCAACCUCCCAUGAUAAAUAUGUCAUCAGCGAAGUCAGUAUCUCACCAAAACCCUAAGAUCCAUGAAGGGCAAGAUCUUAACUUAGCUUUCUCAACUAGUACAGAUCAUCAUUACCAUACCAUGUCUGAAUUUGCUCAUGAAUUACCCAAUAUGGAUCAGACAAACAAUAGUAACCAUAUUCCUACUUCAUCAACUACUACCACUACUCAUUUAUCAGCUUUGGAAUUUCUAAGGAAUGGGAUUAAUUCAAAGGGUUAUGGUUCAUUUAUGCCUAUGGCUCCAUCAUCUGUCCAAGAUACAAACACGGUUUACUCAUCGCCGUCCGGUGCUUUUACAUUACAAGAUUAUAAACCAACAACUCUCAAUUUUGGUGUUGAUGGUUAUGGAAGUAUUCAACAAGGUGUGCACCAUCAAGAAAAUUCCGGUAGACCAUUGUUUCCUUUCGAGGAUUUAAGGCAAGUGUCUAAUACAAGUGAAUUUGAUCAUCACCAAAACAAUAGAGGAGCACAAGGUGAUUCAAAUGGGUAUUGGAGUGGAAUGUUAGGUGGUGGUUCAUGGUAAAGGUAACAAAAAGAAAGAAAAAAAACAAUGAAGAAGAAUCUGGCAUUACUUUUCAUUCCUUCGUUAUUUCAGGGUUAUUUCAGGGUUUAGAGUUCAAGGCGCAGUCAAGGUCUUUUUCUUUUUUUCUUUUUUUGAGAGUGUGGAUUAUUACUUGGUUUGGAGUUGUUUAGAACUAACAGAUGGCAUCAUACAAUGGGGUUUUUCUUUUCUUCUCUUUUAGUUCCUUCUUCUUCACUCUUUCAUAAUAGUGAAGUUAUGAAGCUCUUUUUAGGUCGGCUUCAAAAAGGGUGUCAUUGUUUAUUUCAAGUGUUUAUGAUGAUGAUGAUGAGAAUAAUAAUAGUAUUAUUAUUAGAGAAUGAAGAAGAGGUGAUCAUAUCAGAAACUUCAAUAACAAAGUAAGGAGCUACUAGCAGCUAGCUAUUGAGAUAUCAACAAGUCCAUGCAAUUUGAUGAUGAAGAAGCCAUAGUUAUGCAAUCAAGAAGGCUAUGCUUUGGCAUGCAAAUUUAACUAGCUAGCUAGGGUUUUCAUCAAUCCAAGGUGUUUAUAUUUCUUGAUCACUUCUUUGUUAUUGAUAUGUACGUUUCUGAUUUGCGAACUGAAUCAUAUAUUAUUUAAUUGGUAAAUAUAUUUUACUUUCCAAGUAAA